AAAAAAAAAAGGGAAAGAGAAAAGGAAAAUAAGCAUAGCCCUAAUAAUGGCUUCUUCAAACUCUGCACAUUCUUGUCCCCUGUCCUUCGUCGAUUCAGAUACCCUUUCUACUGCAUCAACAUCUGUCCCCCCUCAACCAGGCAAAGCCGGCUUCGCUCCAGAGAAUACGCUCAGACGUGGUCUGCAAGUUCCCUCCCGAUCCGAUUUGAUUACCUCCGGCUUCGUAUAUCCCGAUAUUCUCGCCAACUACAAUGUCUCCAAGGAUCUCUGGCAACAGUUCGCAAGUGACAUCACCGAGGAGGCAAGACUGUCCAAUCGUCAAUGGACCACCGCCGUAGGGAGAGGGCUGGGAGUGCUCGCCGUGGGCGGCCUAAUGGUAGGCGUGCUAGGUGCAGUGCCAGCGAUCUGGGUGGCACGACGAACGCGCCGAAACCGCGAGGAACAGAACAUGAUUAUGGCGGCGAACAAGGGCGAGGAUCAAGAGUCUCGGCUCUCGCGCAAAAUCGACGCAUGGAAUGCCUCGUAUUUCAAGCCGCGGGGUGUUUUGAUUAGGGUUGAUCUACCGUGGGAGGAACUGGAGGAUAUGGAGUUCAUGGAUAUUAGCACGAGUCGGGACUUCCAUCGAGCUCUCAGCGCAAACCCGAAUACGCUGAAACAUGAGUGGAAGAUGAAGGACGACCAGACUGCGAGGGAAACAGCAUCGCGAAGGGCCCGGAUCGUUGUGAUCCCGUUGGCUAGCAGACCAAAUGGUAACAGGAGCGUCGGGUAAACAAAAGUAUACAAAAGCCAGGAAUGGGGAAGACAAGGCCCAAAAACAUUUAGCUUUCUUUCUUUUUUCUUC